CUUCGAUGGAUGCUGGUCGGUUAGUCUUCUAAAAGCAAGAUCUGUCAUAAGCAUCCUAAUCAAUAGAUGUACAAAAGCUACUAAAAUCAUUGUAAUUUAAUAGUUAAAAAUCUGCUGCCCUUGAGGAAAAUUAUGAUGUAUUUCAAUUGCGGGUGUUGGAAACGAAGUUAUGACGUAAAAGAUACAAAAGAAGAUGAAAACAAAAAGUCCAUGAAAGACCCGUUUGAAGAUGAGGAACCUUGUUUCAAGCGCCGAUAUUUGAUUUCCUUCGUCGGAUUCCUCACAUAUUUUCUCAUGAAUGUGCAUCGAAUAAAUGUGAGUGUUGCCAUAGUAGCAAUGGUGCAAAGUCCAGAACAUGAAAAUCUUUCUGUUCCACAUGAUUUGAAUGCAACGCAGCAAAUGCAUCAUAAUAACUCACAAAAUGAAGCACAGUCCAAAGUAAAAUAUGACUGGAGUCCACAAAUGCAAGGAUACAUUUUGAGUGCUGGAUUCUUUGGUUAUGUUUUAUCAUUGAUUGUCAGUGGGAAACUGGCAGAAACUUUUGGACCGAAGGUUAUGAUUGUCAGUGGGACAUUUUUUUCAUCUUUCACCAUUUUGAUUACACCUUUAACGCCUGCCGUGCAUGUUUAUUUUUUAAUAAUUAUUCAGUGCAUUAGAGGAAUUGCGCAGGGUUUUAUGACGCCGUCUAUAACUGUCUUAUCAGCAAACUGGUAUCCCAAAGCCGAAAGAGGUUUUUUAGGAGGAAUUGGAUAUACAGGUGUUCAUUUAGGACGUUCGAUAGCCGGAAGUCUUUCGGGCUUAAUUUGUGACAGUAUUUCUAUAGGAGGGUGGCCUUCAGUGUUUUACAUUUUUGGUGGAUUUGGAAUAAUUGUUUCUUUCAUCGAAAUCUUCAUCGUACACGGUAUGCCAAAGGAUGAUCCAAGAAUUUCAAGAGCAGAGUUAAAGUACAUUUUGGCGAACCAAGAAAAUGUUUUAACCCGGAAGAGACCACCUGUUCCUUGGAAAAAAAUCUUCACGUCGGUGCCAACUUAUGCUCUUCUGUUUGCGUUUUGUGGUCAAUUCUGGGCAGGAAUCUACUUGAUUUCUUCUCAUUCAAUUUUUGUUGCGGAUAUCCUUAAGUAUCCGAUUGCUCAGAAUGGACUUAUUGUGACCAUGCCGUAUAUCAUUGCAUUAGUUAUUGUUUUGGGUGUAAGCUAUUUGUCUUCCUGGCUAAAUAAAAAGAAAUAUUUAAGUGUAAACAAAGUCAGAAAACUCUGGAACUUUCUUGGAUCACUUGGAUUUUCUAUCUGUCUUAUAGUUAUCGUAACAACUAAAUGCGAAAAAAUAAUUGGGACAGUUUGCUCCCUCUUAGGUAUAAUACUUUCAUGUGUAUCUUGUAGUGCUACAAUGAUUGUUCCUGUCGACAUGUCACCAACAUUUGCUGGAUCUUUGAUGGGUGUGGCUACAGCAGUUGCAUCUUUUGUUGGAUUCUCGGUUCCCAUUGUGUGUGGAGCUUUAAUAAACGAAGAGCAAUCGGUACAGCAGUGGACAAUAUUCUUCAUCAUUUGUAUUGCAAUUGUCCUCAGCUCCUCGAUUUUCUUUGUUCUGUUUGGAUCAGCAGAAGUGCAAAGUUACAAUUAUUCAAAUAAAGAUUUACCAGAAAGUCUGAGAAAAGAAGUCAACUUACCGCUCGAAAGGAAAGAUGGACUUGAGAAGGAAUAAUAACAAAAACUAAACGUGAUCUCAAAGAAUGCCAUUUUAAUAUGUCAUUAAUAUUGAUUGCAAACUAAUUCAAAGUUAUUUGUGCAGCUCAUACAUUCCACUUGCAUCUAUUGUUCAAUGCUCACUAAUGUAUCGUUAAACAUCACAGAAUUUCCAGCUAAAUCAAUGAAUAUUCAAGAUGAAUAAAAUCGUUAAAAUCCAUGUCAUAUGAUUAUGACGUACAUCAAAGAAUCCUCGAGUUUCUAUUAGAACUGAAUGUUUUCUUUUGAAUUUAAUUCAUAGUACACCAUAAAUCGUAAGAGGUGCUUCCAGAGUCGAAACUUUCA